AAAUCUCAAAAAGAAAAAAAAAAUUCUGGGAAAAAAAAAAAGUAAAUGGGAAGCGACGACUGACUCUUCUUCGUUUCGAGACCAUCUCUUGCUUCUUUAAGUACCCACCAAAGGCCUCAAGGGGUUUCGUGUGUUUCCUUUCAGAUUUUGUGAGGUCUGUGAAGCUCUAGGGUGUGUAGAGCAUCACGAGUUUUGAUACGGGUUGCACAAAGAUUAACUUCUGUUUCUGGUGGCUCCCUUAUUGAUUUGUUCUUAAAGGUGCAUGUUGAAGUGAUUGAAAGAGAUCUACAUGUGACUUGCAGUCCGGUCAGACAUCAUAUACGUAAUACAUAGCGCGAGAUUGGACAGGAUGCUUGAGAAUCCAAAGUUUGAUAUGCACGCUGUUGGAAAUCAUAACAACGAUAACAACUACUAUGCCUUCACCCAAGACUUUUAUCAAAAGCUCGGGGAAGAAGGUACAAACAUGUCCGUUGACAGUAUGCAGACAAGUAAUGCUGGUGGCUCUGUGUCUAUGUCUGUGGAUAACAGUAGCGUUGGUUCUAGUGAUGCUCUUAUUGGCCAUCCUGGUUUGAAGCCUAUGCGCCGUCCCUAUGCUCCCUCUGAUGGCCAAAGCGUUUUUCGCCCAGGACGAGUUACUCAUGCACUUAACGAUGAUGCCUUAGCACAAGCCUUGAUGGAUACUACAUAUCCAACCGAGGGACUGGCAAACUAUGAAGAGUGGACUAUAGACCUGAGGAAACUUCACAUGGGUCCUGCUUUUGCUCAAGGGGCUUUUGGAAAGUUAUACAGAGGGACUUACAAUGGAGAGGACGUAGCCAUUAAGCUACUCGAGAGGCCAGAACAUAGCCCGGAAAAGGCACAAGCCCUUGAACAGCAGUUUCAGCAGGAGGUUUCUAUGCUUGCCUUUUUGAAGCAUCCCAACAUCGUUAGGUUUAUCGGAGCCUGUAUUAAACCAAUGGUGUGGUGCAUCGUGACGGAAUAUGCAAAAGGAGGUUCGGUCAGACAGUUUUUGACUAAGAGACAAAACCGAGCUGUACCUUUGAAGUUGGCUGUUAUGCAGGCACUGGAUGUUGCCAGGGGUAUGGCUUACGUCCAUGAGCGCAACUUUAUACACCGGGAUCUAAAGUCAGAUAACCUCCUCAUAUCAGCUGAUCGGUCCAUCAAGAUUGCUGAUUUUGGCGUUGCAAGAAUUGAAGUUCAAACCGAAGGGAUGACUCCAGAGACUGGAACUUACAGAUGGAUGGCCCCAGAGAUGAUCCAGCAUAGACCCUACACACAAAAAGUGGACGUGUAUAGUUUUGGAAUCGUGCUGUGGGAGUUGAUAACAGGUCUGUUACCGUUCCAGAACAUGACGGCGGUUCAAGCUGCAUUUGCGGUGGUGAACCGAGGAGUUCGCCCCACGGUCCCAACAGAUUGUCUCCCUGUGCUUGGCGAGAUUAUGACACGUUGCUGGGAUGCAGACCCUGAAGUCCGUCCUUGUUUUGCAGAGAUUGUCAAUCUCCUUGAGGCGGCUGAAACCGAGAUAAUGACGACUGUGAGAAAAGCCCGUUUCAGAUGUUGCAUGACGCAACCAAUGACAGUCGACUAAAUCUGUUGAGGAGAACAUAGAAGGGGAAAGGCUUGAAAAGGAGAAAACAGAGUGAGAGAGAGAGAGAGAGCGAAGCAAGAAGGGGCUUUAGAUAUAUGUAAGUUUGUGUGUGUAUCUAUCUAUAUAUUAUAUAUCCGAUCCGAUUGUAUCUCUUUUCCCAAGAUAGGAGAAGUAACCCAACCAUUUUAGACCUACUGAUUUUCUAGAUUUUUGUAUUAAGAAAGAAAAAGAGCAAACCAAAAACCAAAAAUAGAAGAAGUGUACGGUGAUUGCUGAAGUGUUUGGUUUAGUUUUCCUUGAAUUUGAUA